UGGUGUCAAAGAAGGAACACAAAGUCAAUACACAUAAAGUCGGCCUUAAAUUUAUAGUACUAAAUAUAAGCAAAAAAAAAAAAAAAAAAAUUCCAUUUAGUUAUCCAACUUGGCUCUGUCUCUUACCAUUUUCGGACACCAGAAACAAUAAUCCACAAUCUAAAACCCCCAAUUGCACACAGUUGCUUAGCUCUAAUCUGGUUCUGAUUAUAUCCAAAUUAAGGAAAAAUUCGGAGUUGAAGUUGUCGGAAUUGACAAUUUUGUUGAAGUUGAGGGUGGUGAAUUCUUGAGGAAUUUCCUCAAAGCGCGUUGAUUUUUGGGUUGGUAGAAUCAAUUAGGUCGCUGUAUUUGAGUCGUAUCUUCUAGGGUUUUGUUCAUUUCACUGUGUGCUCAAGAGCCUCUCUAUUUGGUCUUUUCUGAUUGGCCAAUCUUGUCCUGUUUUAACACUGUCAAUCAUCGUAUCGUUGCCCUUAACCCGUGCAUCUAGAGGUGGAAUGGAGAUAUCAUUGUUAAAAGUGCUUCUCAACAAUAUCUCCUGUUUUUCCCAUUUAUCAUCAAGUGAUCACAUAAGUGGUGAACUGGUUCGUAGAUAUUAUUGUAAGAUUGAGGAUAUACUGAAGCUUGUAAAGCCGAUUUUUGACGCCAUCGUUGAUGUUGAAGCUGCUUCUGGUGAGCUGCUUCUGAAAGCAUUUGCUGGGCUGGCUCAAUGUGUUGAUGAACUGAGGGAGCUAUUUGAGACCUGGGAACCGCUGUGCAGUAAAGUCUAUUUUGUCCUGCAAGCUGAACCAUUGAUUGGAAAAAUUCGAUCAUGUAGCCUGGAAAUACUUGAGUUUCUUAAAUCUUCUCAUAAAAGCCUUCCUGCUGAUGUAACUUUGACAACUCUUGAGCUCUAUAUACUGAAAAUUAAGUAUGUAGAUUAUGAAAUGAUAUCAAUGACAAUCACGAAGGUUAUUAAAGCUCAAGUGGAAGGCUUGGGAACCAGCUCAGAUAGCUUUGCCAAAAUUGCUGAUUGCCUAAGCUUGAACUCAAACCAAGAGCUUUUGAUUGAACUCGUGGCCCUUGAAAAAUUGAAAGAGAAUGCUGAACAAGCGGAAAAGAGUGAAGAAGUUGAAUAUAUUGAGCAAAUGAUAACUCUUGUUUCUCAUAUGCACGAUUGCUUUGUCACCACAAAACAGUCCCAGAGCUGUACCGCUGUGCCAAUACCUCCUGAUUUUUGUUGUCCUCUUUCACUUGAGUUGAUGACUGACCCUGUAAUUGUUGCUUCUGGUCAAACCUAUGAGAGAGCUUUUAUAAGGAGAUGGAUUGAUCUUGGCCUCACUGUUUGCCCCAAGACACGGCAAACUCUGGGACAUACAAAUCUCAUUCCUAAUUACACUGUUAAGGCACUUAUCGCAAACUGGUGCGAAAUAAACAAUGUAAAGCUUCCUGAUCCCAUGAAGUCUUUGAGCUUGAACCAGCCAUCUGUGUCACCAGACUCCACGCAAUCUUCAGGUUCUCCGAGAAAGAGUUUGAUUUCAUUAACUGAAAGCCAAAGAGAAGAAUCAUCUCCAUCUCAUCCCCGCUCCUCUUCAGAGGAAUCUUUACCUGGAGUUGGUGGUAAUGUUCUUGCUUUUGAUGUUGAAAGGAUGCGUAUUAAGAGUGAAGACCGGAUGGCCCACUCCGGAGAGAUAAGUUCACAUGGUCAUAGUACAUUAGUAGCUGAUGACCAGUUCCCUCUGGGUCAUAAUCGAACAACCUCGGCACCCAGCACGCUUUCUAAUUCAAACUUUUCCCCUGUAAUUCCUGGUGAUGGAAACAAGUUGUCAGAAGAUGCAUCUGUUGCUUCAGGGGAUGUUGGGUUGGAUUCCAAGCCUGCUGCUUCUGUCCUUCCAAAGGAGCCAGAAUUUCCAUCUACACCAGAGAUGAGACCUCGUAAUCAACUGAUCUGGCGCAGACCAACCGAGAGGUUUCCAAGAAUAGUUUCUUCCGCUACAGUUGAAAGAAGGGCUGAUCUUUCAGAAGUUGAGGAGCAAGUAAAAAAGUUGAUUGAGGAGUUGAAGAGCACUUCCCUUGACAUGCAGAGAAAUGCUACAGCUGAACUCCGGUUACUUGCCAAGCAUAAUAUGGAUAACCGUAUGGUAAUUGCAAAUUGUGGCGCUAUCACCUCGUUGGUUAGCCUACUUCACUCAAAAGACAUGAAAGUACAGGAAGAUGCUGUUACUGCACUUCUCAACUUGUCAAUUAAUGACAACAACAAGUGUGCCAUUGCAAAUGCUGAUGCAAUUGAACCUCUGAUUCAUGUCCUCCAGACAGGGAGCGCCGAGGCCAAAGAAAAUUCUGCUGCUACUCUUUUUAGCCUUUCCGUGAUGGAGGAAAACAAGAUGAAGAUUGGGAGGUCUGGAGCAAUCAAACCUCUUGUUGAUUUAUUGGGAAAUGGAACUCCAAGGGGCAAGAAAGACGCAGCGACAGCUUUAUUUAACUUGUCAAUACUUCAUGAGAACAAGUCUCGUAUAAUACAGGCUGGUGCAGUAAAGUAUCUCGUAGAGUUGAUGGACCCUGCUACUGGGAUGGUUGACAAGGCUGUUGCAGUUUUGUCCAACCUUGCUACCAUUCCCGAGGGACGAGCAGAAAUUGGUCAGGAAGGAGGGAUUCCUCUUCUCGUUGAGGUUGUUGAGCUGGGCUCCGCAAGGGGUAAAGAGAACGCAGCAGCUGCUCUCUUGCAACUAUGCACUAACAGUAGCAGGUUCUGCAACAUGGUUCUCCAGGAAGGAGCUGUACCUCCAUUAGUGGCAUUGUCGCAGUCCGGGACCCCAAGAGCAAGAGAAAAGGCUCAACAACUUCUUAGCUAUUUCCGAAAUCAACGGCAUGGUAAUGCAGGAAGAGGUUGAUUUAUAUAUUCAACAUUCAGGCACAUACUUUUCUUUUAUUUAACUGAUAAAAUGAUGUGUGUAAAUUUGAUGUUAUAAAUACUGUAUGUGGGGAUCAUGGUUCCUAGAAUGUUUCCCAGAUUUAUGAUAUCUACAAAAGAAAAUUAGUUGGAGGCUCAGAUGAUUCUACCUGAAAAGCUUUGUAUGUAAACGUGGAGAAAAUUUUAGACGAGCAAGAAAUUGCUGAUUGCAGCCUUGGUAAUUUUACAAUGGUGAGAUCGGUAGA